GUCAUUCUACCGGUUUAGUACAGUUUUCAAACAAUGCCCAUCAUUUGGGCCGUGUAGAUAUCCGUUGGGCAGAAAUGUGCUUCUGCACAUCACAGCAAUCCUGUUUAUUGUAAAACGUACACAGCGAUGUCCUAUCGGAAAACUACAACAAUGUACAACAAUCGAUCGUGUCCUCAAACUCCGGCACCGCCCAAAAACGGGCCACGGUUUCCCAUGUCGGCAGCAAUACUCGAAACCCCGUCCAUCAUGAGCUCGUUUCGCGAGCCGGAACAGAGUAACCGCUCUGCGAACGUGCCUCCCAAGCAGUUCGUGAUGUCGUUUCCAGCAAACGUUGCAUUCCGAUCGAAUGGUAGUGUGGCAUUUGCUGAAAGUACACAGUUUCACCAGCAAGGACCUUCUUCCAGACAGAAUCUAAACACAUCACAAUUGUUGAACGGUUCCUUUUUGGAUUGUAGCUUCAAUUCAAACUUGUCCACAUCAUCCUCUAUGAAACGGAAAAUUUCACUCGCCAACGCUACUAACAGCAAAAAAUAUGCGAGCUCCUCCACGGGCAUGGCUGCAACAGGGUUAAAAAGCUUUCACCGCUCCGGAGUAUCCGCUAGCUUGAAUGACUCGUUUCAUCUCCCGAGUGGCACCGGUACAUUGCAUGAAAAACGAAAACUUCCUGCAGAGCAUGGUGGCGGUGCAUCGAAGUUUAGCAAACACGCAUCAGCAAACAUCCCAAAAGCAAACACUUCCUGCGCAACAUCCAACCCAGACGUUUCUGCCAGUGUGCAGGAAUCGAAAGCCUCCCUUCGCAUCAUCUCCGGAACGAUCGAACACCUGCAGAAGACGAUCCGUGAACAAGGUAGACUUCCGUUGCUACUGGAAACCGUUGCCAACGUGGUAAGCAUCAAGCCUGGCACAAGGAUGAAGGAGAAGAUUAUACUUUUACGCAACCGAAAUCAAGGGCCGGUGAUGCAGGGCGUUUUCUAUGAGAUUGACCUUGACUUGCCACCCUUAGCGGUGGGUGAUCUGGUGCGUUGUGUCGGACGGCUUCAACCAGUGGGAAGCCGGUUGCAGAUACUGAAAAUCGGUCGUACUACGGAGCAGUACGAUCGGGCAAUCUUGCGAUUGCAAACGGUCAGCGCAUUCACUACUAAGGUGAGACGUUAGGACCAUAUAUGACCAUAUUGCUAAGUGCUUUUAGUUUUUUUUUAAUUAAUUUAUUUAAUUCGAAUUCGAGCACGAUGGAAACAUAUUUUGGUAGUGAAAAAACAAAUAAGAUAAUUAUUUGUACUAAUGCGAUGCAAUUGUAAAAAAACUGGAUAAAAAAAUACUAGAAAAGAACUCUAGCAUACACAUAUCUGAAUUAGUUGAUUAUAAACAAAUGAAUUCAGUUUCCUCACUUUCUCACACACCCGAUCCGUUUUCCAAAAAUACACGUUAAUUUCCCAUCGUCCACCGUUGGAACGAUAACGCAAGCGUAACUGUUAGUGUACAUAAAAUUAAUCUAAAAUAAAUACAAAACUAUG